AUGCAAAUCCUUCUCCUCCUCCUCGCAGCUGCAGGGCUUUGUUGGGGGCAGUACAACCCCAACACUGUCCCAAAGAGAACCUCCAUUGUGCAUCUCUUUGAAUGGCGCUGGCAGGAUAUUGCUGAGGAGUGUGAACGCUACUUAGCUCCUAAUGGAUUUGGAGGAGUUCAGGUUUCACCUCCAAAUGAAAAUAUUGUUAUUACUAACCCGAACAGGCCCUGGUGGGAAAGAUACCAGCCCAUUAGCUACAAGAUCUGCUCUCGAUCAGGAAAUGAAGAGCAAUUCAGAGACAUGGUGAAGAGAUGCAACAAUGUUGGAGUUCGUAUCUAUGUGGAUGCUGUCGUCAACCAUAUGUGUGGGGCUGCAGGUGGCUCAGGUACACAUUCUACCUGUGGAAGCUAUUUUAAUGCUGGAAACAGAGAUUUUCCAGCUGUCCCGUACUCUGGCUGGGAUUUCAAUGAUGGCAAAUGUCACACUGGAAGUGGAGAAAUUGAAAGUUAUAAUGAUAUCUAUCAGGUCCGGGACUGCCGCUUGAGCAGCCUUCUGGAUCUGGCCCUGGAGAAGGACUAUGUGCGCUCAAAGGUUGCAGAAUACAUGAACCAUCUCAUUGACAUUGGUGUAGCAGGAUUCCGAAUUGAUGCUGCCAAGCACAUGUGGCCUGGGGACAUAAGAGCAUUUCUGGACAAGCUGCAUGAUCUGAACACUCAAUGGUUUUCUGCAGGAACUAAACCUUUC